AUGGCCUAUCAAGCCUACGUCCUUUGCGACUACUGCAACAAAGUUCUUGGGGUAGAGAUUCCAUCCGAAGAGUCACGGAAUCCAGUGCCAGUGGAAUGCCAGUCUUGCUCGAACGUCUUGUUUGUCCAGAAAGAAGUAAACCAAGGAGAUUUUUUUGGGUCUACAUUCCAAACGGGACAGUCUUCAUCAUCAACCUCAUCCGCAUUAACGCAGCAGCAGCCGUCGUCAUCCCAAGAACACUUCACUGAAAAGUCUCCUGAGACAUACCCCAGGCCUCUAACCAAAUACAAUGGAUUCAUCAGGGAGGAGGUGAAGCGCAUCAAAGAUGCUAAUCCUGGGAUAUCACAUUCAAAUGCUUUUAGCACCGCUGCAAAAAAUUGCCUAUAUCAACAACUAUCUUCUAUCUACGAUGAUUGCGAGUUCUAUUGGGUUGCAAACUUGCAAAGCAUGAGUUUGUAUGUAUACAAAGGUCCUUCAUGA